GCGCACGCGUACUAGCGUACUAUGGGUUCCCCGCCUGUGACUGAGCCCGCGAUUCCUGGAGCGAGUUGAUGACAUCAGCGUUUGAACUCCAUGGCGGCGAGACGGCGUGCCAGGAGCGGCCGCGGGAAGCUGGCUUCUACAGUAUUAAAUGAAACCAAGAGAGAUAAUAAUGGCACUCCAGCUACAGAAGACUCACCUCCUGCCAAGAAAACUCGAAAAUGCCAGAGACAGAGAGUGAAAAAGGAGCCUGUGGCUGGAGGAAAGGCUGAUAAGGGCAGGACAGAAGACACACAAGAACCAGUGAAGUCAUUGCUGUUAAAGGGCAAAGCUCCUGUGGACCCAGAGUGUACAGCCAAGGUGGGAAAGGCUCAUGUGUAUUGCGAAGGAGAUGAUGUCUACGAUGUCAUGCUAAAUCAAACCAAUCUCCAGUUCAACAACAACAAGUACUACCUUAUUCAGCUGUUAGAAGAUGAUGCCCGGAGAAACUUCAGUGUUUGGAUGAGAUGGGGUCGAGUUGGGAAAAUGGGCCAGCACAGCUUGGUGACUUGUUCAGCUGACCUCACCAAGGCCAAGGAAAUCUUUCAAAAGAAAUUCCUUGACAAGACAAAAAAUAAUUGGGAGGAUCGUGAGAAGUUUGUAAAGGUCCCUGGAAAAUAUGAUAUCCUGCAGAUGGACUACGCUACCAACACUCAGGAUGAUAAUAAAACAAAACAGGAGGACUCCCUUAAGUCCCCCUUGAAACCAGAGUCACAGCUAGAUCUUCGGGUCCAGGAGCUGAUAAAGUUGAUCUGUAAUGUCCAGACCAUGGAGGAGAUGAUGAUUGAAAUGAAGUAUGACACCAAGAAGGCCCCACUUGGAAAGCUGACAGCAGCGCAAAUCAAGGCAGGUUACCAGUCUCUUAAGAAGAUUGAAGAUUGCAUUCGGGCCGGCCAGCAUGGACGAGCUCUCCUGGAAGCAUGCAACGAGUUCUACACCAGGAUCCCACAUGACUUUGGACUCCGUACCCCUCCAUUAAUCCACACCGAGAAAGAACUGUCAGACAAAGUACAACUGCUAGAGGCUUUGGGAGACAUUGAAAUUGCCAUUAAGCUGGUGAAGACAGAACUCCAAAGCCCAGAACACCCAUUGGACCAAUGCUAUAGGAACCUGCACUGUACCUUGCACCCUCUAGACCAUGAAAGUCAUGAGUUCACAGUGAUUUCCCAGUACCUACAGUCUACACAUGCUCCUACACACCGUGACUACUCCAUGACCUUGCUGGAGGCCUUUGAAGUAGAAAAAGAGGGUGAGAAAGAAGCCUUCAGAGAGGAUCUUCCUAACAGGAUGCUGCUAUGGCACGGUUCCAGGCUGAGUAACUGGGUAGGAAUCCUGAGCCAUGGGCUUCGAAUUGCCCCGCCAGAGGCUCCCAUCACAGGUUACAUGUUUGGGAAAGGAAUCUACUUUGCUGAUAUGUCUUCUAAGAGUGCCAAUUACUGCUUUGCCUCCAGAGUAAAGAAUACAGGACUGUUGCUUUUAUCAGAGGUAGCUCUGGGUCAGUGUAAUGAGCUACUUGAGGCCAAUCCUAAGGCAGAAGGAUUACUUCAGGGCAAACACAGCACAAAGGGCCUGGGCAAGAUGGCUCCCAGUCCUGCCCACUUCAUCACCCUGAAUGGGAGUACAGUGCCCUUGGGGCCAGCAAGUGACACAGAAAUUCUAAACCCAGGGGGUUAUACCCUCAACUACAAUGAGUUUAUUGUCUAUAACCCAAACCAGGUCCGUAUGCGAUACCUUCUAAAGAUUCAAUUUAAUUUUCUGCAGCUGUGGUGAGUGUUGAUAUUAAAACAGAGAAGAUAUAGUCUUCAAGCAAGAAAAUCAGCAUUGUUGUACUUUUAAACUUUGUUUCAUUUUGUUUGUUGAGACAGGGUCUCACUAUGUGGUCCAGGCUGGUCUUGAACUCAUGUGUAGCCCAGGCUAGCCUCAAACUUAUGGCAGUCUUCCUGCCUCUGCCUUUCCAGUGCUGGGAUUAUAGGUGUGCACCACCAUGCCUGGCAUAAACUUUAUUUUUUC